UCGAUCGCUGUCGCCACAAAUAAACUGCCUUUAGCAACACAGGUAUGGAUGAUGCCACUUAUUUUAUCUAUAACACCAGGACUUUGCCAAGAAAAUGGGGAAGUCACGAGUAAUUUUACCGACCCAAAUAAAGACAUGUAUGUCAUACAUGCUACGGUAUACCAAGUUGGUAUAAUAACCAACAAAACCGACGAUGAUGCUUUGAAUGCUACUACGGGAAAUCAAGAAGCCAUUACAUUUUACCACACAAAUGGUUCAAAUAUAGAUUUGAGUCAAAUAACUUCGCCUCUACUGACCAAUAUAACUGCUCAAAGUCUAAUAGGAGUUGCUCCUAAGGCUGAUGAUAUGCAAUCGCGUCAGUUACUUUGGUCGGACUUAAACGCCCUGUCUAAUCCGAAUCACAAUGGAUCUUCAGAUGCUGGUCAAUGGACUGUAUCCGAAAAUGAUAAAACUUAUAACGAUGGAAACUCUGAUGAUUUAACUGCAAAACUCAAGAAAUCUUCGGGUGAUAAUUUGAAAUCACUGUUUAAACGAGAUUUAAUCGGAAAUGAUACAGUGAAAAUUGUAAGAGGGAUGGCAGCGAUCCCUGAGGAAGCUGGAGUACAGUCCAUCGCGUUUCCCCCCCUUCUGACAUUAAACAACAAUUUUUCCGAUAUUCCAAUACCAAUACCGAAUACUUCGGUGGUACAUUAUGCUAAAAUAAAUACGUUAGUGCGCUCGCCAUAAAACUAUACUUGAGCCGUAAAAAUAAGUUUAGCCGUAAC